UCGGCUCAUGUGUUGUGGCUAGAUGGCGCGUCGGGAAUUCUCGAGGGCAGCAGCACCCCUUGAGUGGCUCUCCGCUGUCUCACAGUAAUGCUGCUUUUUUACGCGCUACUCUGCUUAAUUACGUGUAGUUGUGUUUCUUGUGCACUCGUGAACCCAUACGAAACGCUUGGUGUGUCCCGUACAGCCAGCGCUGCAGAUAUCAAACGUGCAUACAAGCGGCUGGCAAGAGAAUGGCAUCCUGACAAAAACAAAGACCCAGUGGCAUCUGAGAAGUUCAUAGAGAUCACCAAAGCUUACGAGCUGCUGACUGAUCCUGAAAGGAAAGAAAAUUUUGACAAGUAUGGCCAAACGGAAGACACGCCAAACUUCCGAAGGCAACCCGACUACAGUCAAUUCAACAGAUUUGACUUUGAUCCUUUUGAAUCUACAGUGUUUUCUAAGGGAAACAUGAAGUUUAAAUUUAGUUUUAACCAAGGUUCUGUUUUCCACAAAGCUACCAUCACACUCAAGGCUUAUGAAAAUAGGGUGGUCCCCGACAGUAACUACAAGCCAUACUUGAUUCUCUUUUAUGGAGACCUUUGCUUUCCAUGUCUUCAUGUAGAGCCAAUAUGGCAGAGAAUAGUCCAGGAAAUGGAGCCUUUAGGUGUAGGUUUUGCUACUAUUCACGCUCAACACGAAUCUGGUUUAGCACAUAAACUGGGUGUUGGCAGCCUGCCGUACCUGAUGGGCUUGGUGGAAGGGCGAGCCAUUCACUAUCGCCAGGACCAACUGAGCCUCGUGAAUGCAAUCGAUUUCUGCCGCCGUCUCUUUCCUCGAGAUACUGUGACUGUGCUGGAGGACAUGUCAUCCUUCGAUGACUUCCUUUCAGGCUGGUCUGAUAACCGAGUGCGUGCAGUCGUAUUCAGCCCAUCGGCAUCUGUGCGGCUGCGCUACCUACUGGCAGCAUUCCAGUUUCGAGAGCGGGUUCGCUUUGGUUAUGUUCGACUGGGGCAACCUGAGACGGAGCCUCUGCGCAGACGUCACGCUGGUGUAGGACUGCGCCAAGAGUCCCUGCUGAUCUUCAAUGAGCACACCAGUGCCCCUGUGGCGCUCCUUAGCAUGGCAGAGCUGGAUCCACAGUCUCUAAGAGAUGUGCUCAAGGCAAACAGGUUUCUGAUCUUGCCACGAGUCUCGUCACAGGUUCUUUUUGAUGAGCUCUGCCCACCUGAAGCCAUUCGCACACGUCGUCGCCUCUGUGUAGUGCUCAUUACGGGCAACACAGCUUUGCAUGAUCCGAACCGAGCGCAAUUGAGAGACUACAUUCAACAGAAGGGUUUUCCUGUGGAGCGUGUCAGGUUUAUGUUUGUGUACAAGGAAAAACAGAAGGAGUUUGUGAACACCCUGAGCUCAGGUGAGGAUUCGCCUGAAGACCCUAUCCUUCACAUGGUAAUAUUGUGGAGGAAAGACCACAACUUAGUCCAGUAUCAAUGGAUUGAGGCACCAUGGCUUGAUGAGCCCCAGAAGCUGAACGAGAGCAAACAGGAGCUGGAGAAUGCGCUGUCAAGGCUGCUGCAUUCGUCCGAGGCCCUCCCGCACGAUGCCCGUCUGGGCGUGCUCGUGGACGAGCACGCCCGGGGCCUGCUGGGUCGUAUUCUGCGCCGCCUUGUGCUCAUGGGGGAUGCACUGCGGGACCACCUGACACGCUACGAAGUCCUGCCCGCCCUCUCCGUGGCGCUCUCCUUUGGCUUCAUUGUGCUCGUCGGCUACUUCAUGUCCUACUUAGUGCAAAUGGAAGAAAAAAGUAUCCAGGAGCGCUACAGACGAGAAGGAAGGGUGCCUCCCUCAGCAGCGAAACCCAAGCCCGAGUGCAAGCUGACAAUUCAUGAGCUCAGAGGAGAAACCUACAAUGGGCUUGUAAGACUUUUGAAGCCGGGCUGCCGGACUGUUGUCUUACUGGUUGACCAAGAAUCCAAGCCCAAGCUGCUGCCACAGUUCUUUCGUGCUGUGUUUCCAUACCGCAAAAACAAGACUCUCAUGUUCGCCAUGCUCCUGCUGGAGAAGAAUUUGGAGUGGUAUCGCAAAAUCCUCGCUCAGACACUGGCCGUUCGACGGCCACUCAACAUCAACCCUAAGAACUGCAUUGGUACUGUGUUAUCCCUCAAUGGGCACCGCAAGUACUUCUGCGUCUACCACGCCAAGCACCUAGAGCCAGCAGUGAUCAAGAAGAAGAAAGAGAGUGCUGGAGACUUUGUCGGAUUGGAAGACUCGAGCAGCGGCUCCGAAACGAGUGACGUGGAAUCGGGACGGCUACUCGCACGGUCUGAAGAGACCGACUCGGACAUGUAUGGCAGCAUUCUUUUCGAGGAGCACCUGCUGGAUGGACUGCCUAACUGGCUCGACAGGUUGUUUGAAGGCACCACAAAGCGUUACUACAUCCAGUACUGGCCGGAGUGCAUGAAGUAGCCAGCCUUCUCCCUCAACCCACAAGCAGCAGUACCUGCACUUUUAUUCUUGUAAGGUUGUCCAUUUGUGCCAUGCUUGCAUAGCCCUUUUCUCUCUUUCCCACAUGCAAAUACGGCUAACCUGUAGAUAGCGAUGCGCAUUUUAAGCUGCAAACCACAGUACCAUAUGUGGCUUGUAAGUUUCUUUACCCGACACCCUUAAAGCUGAACAGCAAAAUUUAUUUCCGCCACAUCGAAAAGUGCGACUGCAUCAGCUGCAUAAAGAGCAGCACAAUUUAGUGUUCCUGGUGUGCUCUUUUUCUCCCUCCCUGUUUGACUAAAGAGCAGCCUUGCUCUUUUGGUGAGCAUUUCUGGCUGCUUUCAUGUGCAAGCAUGAUGUAAAGACCAGAGUAUAGUGCUCAUUCAGUGUGUUGUUGUACAUGCGAGUAAGUGCUGCUCAAGCAUGUUACAUGGAAGGAACUGCGUGCGCCAGGUGAAAUAUGAAAUGUUCCCUACCAGGCAUAACACACUGCAGAAAGUUUGGGUGUGCACUCUUUUGCUAAGUUAGCUAAACAUGUGUAUGGUUGCACAAUUCCCAAGCUGGUUUUGAGACAGCAUUCUGUAGCUGUUCACUGAGGCAUUUAAAUCUUAAAAAUGGUUGCAUACUGUAAAAGAGAAUUGAAAAAAGUACUAUGUGCAGUUGUCUGUGCUGCCUGUACAUAGCCUAAAACUUGUGGCCAGGCAAUUAAUCUUGCACAUAAAUUAUAAUGAGUUUUUACCUAAUGAUUGGAAAAUGGACUCCCUAAAGGUGAUGUUUGUGGUAUUCCAUGUGCUCGGAUUGCAUAGCCCAUUGGCUGUUCAUAGGGAGGCAGGAAAAGCAUUGCUCGUCUUUUGGUACAUGGUUUGUAGCUUGUUGUGCCCUCUGUUUGGACACUGCAUCUAUUCACUGUUUUUUGUGCCUAACUAAUCAUUGUUUGCCAAUGAGGCAUGCCUGCGUGUGUCAGGUUACAUUAUUCAGACUAAUCUGGUGGUUUGUGCAGGCAGUACUUGGAGCAACAUUUAGCAGUCUGUUGCCGGUAGCAUUUUGUGUCAUUUGUCUGACUGUCCCGGUUUGCUUUGUGUUGACUUGUUUUGUGUGGACAAUUUUCUAGCUGUCUUCGAAUAGGAUGCUUACUGUACUGGAACUAAUGUUUCGGGACAAGUGUAGAAACUUAAGUACAAAGCAAGGGUUUUGUUAUGUUGAGGUCAUUACAUGAUAUUGUGAAGUUUACACAUCUUGUGAUGUGCAGUAGUACCAGCUACCGUGAUUGUUAUCAUACAUUCAUCGAUCGGACUUACCAUGAUAAGUUAGUCACUGCUUACUGCGCAGGUUUGGUUGUUUCUUGUCUAGGAAUUUGUGCCUUUGCUAAGCGUUGUGCUAUUUAGUUUGCUUGUGUGGGAAGCACCCAUGGGCUGCGAAUAGGAGUGCCCGUGAAGAAAAUACUCAAGUUGUUGCAAGUGCUGUCUGCACAGAUUUUUGUUGCUGGUCAGUUAGCUGGUAGUUGUUGAUGCAUGUGCCCGGAAGUGCAGUAUCUUUUACUUAAUUUUCAAGUUGUGAUAAUCAGACAUCGUGAGUGUUUUUCUAAACUGCACUGCAUGACGGUGUCUGCCGAUCUGAGCGCAUUCAUACCUCACUUCACUGAGAGAUUCACCGUUCAUCGUGACCCACCCUACGCUGGCCAAGUCACCACUUCUGCACCCAGCCAUGAAGUCAUCGCACAGUGUUUUGCUGCGUCUGUGAUUGCUAGUCAUGAGGCUGCUCCAAGCACCUACUCCUCGGCCAGUGUGACUGUUACGUAUCUGCUGCCUAAGGAUCACAAUUAUUAAUGUGCGUGUGUGUGAAUGUGUGUCUGAUACCUUUGCACUGCAGAUAUCUUGCAGACUCUGCCCAUAGUGUGGUGGUGUAUUUCUUUUCCUUUUCCAUUUUUUUUUGCUUGGAGGAAGAGUGUUCUACCUGAACGUUCACAGCUGUGACAUUCAUUUUUCCUCAGGUUAUAAACUUAUCAUGUUGUUUCAGUGGCAUUAUUUAUAUUGUUGAUUGAUGCACACCAAAGAUGUGUGAAAUUUUGGGCAUGCUGUUGUUGACUUAAAGAGACUGAGCAUGCUCUGGUGUGCCGCAUUUUAGCUGCAAGACUUGCAAGAAAGCCAGGAAUACUACUUGUUCUUGUGUUUGUGCAAAGGGCUAAACUCACUGCUGUGGUAGGUUAACUGUGCAACUGAUAUGCCUUACGUGGAAACGCCUAAUAUUCAGAAUUACGAAGGCAGCUGAAUGCUUGUGUUUGCUUUGUGCAUAUGUAAGUAUACUGCAUUUUGGCACUGUAAGUGAACAGCAAGAUGUCCCACAGUUAUGCAGGCUCACCCAAGUCUCUGUGGAACUUCCAGUGUACCACUGCCUUCCACAUGUUUCAUCACUGCUUGUUAACAUAUGAAAGUCCUGUGUCAGCUAUCCAUGGAGAAAACCAAGCAGCAUUUUUAUUUAGAAAGGAAUGUUUUAUGUUGAACUUAAAUGUAAAAUUGAAAUGUUUCUGGUAGAAAUAAAACAGUUGACACUGUA